GUUGAAGAGGGCGCCUUCAGGCCACCCGCCGAGACUCCGCCCCCUCUGGGCCGCGGUUGGGUCGGGGGAGGGGGCGCAGAGGUGACAGCGGGCUGAGGAGGGUUAGAAGGAUCUCCCGCCAAUACGCAGUCGUGCUCCCCACAAACUUCCGUAUCUCGCGUGGGGACGCCGAACUCCUCUGAGGAGCAGUACUUCCAAGGGCCGCCAGUCGCCCCUGGGGGAGCCGUGCACUGCGCCAGGCACGCGGUGUCCCAGCUGCAGGCCCGCGGGUGCACGACCUGUGCACACAUACACGGACUUGGACCCCGGGGGCUGGCUGGCCCAGCGUGGAGUCUCUGCCCGUCCCUGUCCCGGUAUUGACGUGAGGGUCUUGGAAGCACCCCCCAGUCUGUUCUCCGGCCUGAACCCAGCUCCACCCCGGGACUGGGGGCCGAGGUGGAGGGGCGGGCGGAGGGUGGAUCUGUCAAUCAGCCACUCCAGGUUGGAGGUCUAGGUCGGGCGGAGGCAGAGAAGGUGGGGCUGAUAGAUGGCCCCGGGGACACUCUGGCUCCUAGGUGCAGGACUACAGUGUUGUGCCCCCGCCCUCUGCCACUGGGCCCAGCCUCAGUGAGGACUUUGGACCCACGGAGAAGUGGAGAAAAUGAGGGGAAGGCGGGAGUGGGCGACAGGUCCCAGGUUCUGGCCCUCCUUGGCAGGGAGCCUCCUGAGCAGGGGUGGCUCAGGUGACAAGAAGUCAACGGCUUCCCAGAAGCCCCGUGGCCGGGGCAUCCUCCACUCGCUCUUCUGCUGCGUGUGCCGCGAUGAUGCCGAGGCCCUGCCUGCCCACAGCGGGGCACCCCUGCUGGUGGAGGAGAAUGGCGCUGUCCCCAAGCAGACCCCAGUCCAGUACCUGCUCCCCGAGGCCAAGGCUCAGGACUCAGACAAGAUCUGUGUGGUCAUCGACCUGGACGAGACCCUGGUGCACAGCUCCUUCAAGCCAGUGAACAACGCUGACUUCAUCAUCCCUGUGGAGAUUGAUGGAGUGGUCCACCAGGUUUAUGUGCUGAAGCGGCCCCACGUGGACGAGUUCCUGCAGCGAAUGGGUGAGCUCUUCGAGUGUGUGCUAUUCACUGCCAGCCUCGCCAAGUACGCAGACCCCGUAGCUGACCUCCUGGACAAGUGGGGGGCCUUCCGGGCCCGGCUGUUUCGUGAGUCAUGCGUCUUCCACCGGGGGAACUAUGUGAAGGACCUGAGCCGGCUGGGCCGAGACCUUCGGCGGGUGCUCAUCCUGGACAACUCGCCCGCCUCCUAUGUCUUCCACCCAGACAACGCCGUACCAGUUGCCUCGUGGUUUGACAACAUGAGUGACACGGAGCUCCACGACCUCCUCCCAUUCUUCGAGCAACUCAGCCGUGUGGACGACGUGUACUCGGUGCUCAGGCAGCCGAGGCCUGGGAGCUAGUGAGGCCGGAUGGGGCCAGGACCUGCCCCUGACUGACGCCAACACCUCCUCAUGCUCGAACUUGGCGCCCAUUGCUCCUUAAGAAAAUCCAUGGGCUGCCACACUCAGUGCCAGGGGGGAACAAGCACCUCCCCGCCUGCCUGGCCCAGCUGCAGAGGGGGCAGCAGGCGGCACCGAGGGCAAAGCGCCCUGGGGUCCCUGUGUCAGUGCCUUAGAACCCCCUGCGUCUUCUUGGGGGGCCUGUGGGGGCUCUGCAUACUGCUCCCUUUUUCUUGUCUCUGUGCUGCCAUGUUUCUCUGCUGCCAAAUUGGGCUCCUGGGCCUCUUCCGGCUCUGCUUUGUUGGGGGGCAGGGUUUCUGCUGUCCCAUGCCUUGGCCUUCAGCCUGGGAAUGGUGGACACAAGUGCCUUGUGUAGAG